AGUGUUAGAACUCGGUAUUAUAGUAGAUACAUAUUACAGUAUAGACAGUCAUAUUAAGAAGACAAUAUAUUUGGUAGCUUACUUUGGUACUGUUUGUUUGGCUUAAUUUCCGCUAGCUAAUAUUCCGUCAUCGAUCACAUGCAAUAUCUUGGGUGUUUUCCAAUAUCGGUUUCUUUGUUCAAAUCGUUGGUCUCAAAGUGUUCUUGCUUUAUCCACUGUAUCUAUGAUUACGUUUGUAUUAAGAUUUUCGUCUGCUGUCAGAGUUAGUAUUAGAGGUUAAAUCUAGUUUUAUCAAUCAGUUUUAUUGCAUAUUUGCGUGACGUAAGAAUUAACUAUAUUAAAUUUGAAAUGAUGCCUCAUAAUGUCAAGGUGUGCGAUAUAGGUGAUGAUGUGAAAGAAGCUCUGAAAAAGUUUCGUUUUCGGAAAAAUGAAAAAAAUGCGGCUUUGAUAAUGAAAGUGAAUCGGGAGAAGCAGUUAAUAUGCGUUGAUGAUCUUCUUGAGGACGUGACCAUCGACGACGUGCGAGAGGUCUUGCCCGGGCACCAGCCCCGCUACGUCGUCUAUAGCUACCGCAUGGCCCACCCGGACGGCCGGGUGUCCUUCCCCAUGUGCUUCAUCUACGUGACGCCCCGGGACAGCCAGAUGGAGCUGCAGAUCAUGUACGCCGGUACCAAGCUGGCGUUGCAGAAGGAAGCGGACCUCACCCGAGUGUACGAGGUGCGGGAGCUGGAAGAACUGACGGAGGAGUGGCUGUGCGAGAAGCUCAGCAAGUAGCCUGCCGCCGAGGGCAAACCCCCCCCCCCCUCCCCCCCGAGGAAACAGAACAGGACGAUAAGGCCACUGGUCCCGGUCCGCCGCCCCUGAGACGAAACCCCGCUUCAGAGACCCGGGGACCAGCGUAGCUUCACGACGAGGUGGGAAAAUAUUUUUUUUUGUGCCAAAAAAAAAAGGCGAAUCCAUGUUUUCUAUAUGUGUAUAUUUUUUAUCGAAAUGUAUUUCAAUGUUGUGGCUACUGUGUUUGUUACUACAGUGUGUUGUUUGUUUGAAAGUGUUUGGUUAGUACAGUUUUGUAUGAUAUCUUCUAGAAUUUACGCUCGACUGUGAUGUUUGACGGAAUGUAUUUAAAAACUAGAGCAGACAGUUAGUAUUUGUCACAUUUCCUUUUGCUACGAAUAUUAAUUUUUUUGAUCUGCAGUGAGAAACUGUAGAAAUCCUGUCAAUUAACUUAAGUUUUUAAUUUUUUUAUUGUAAGAAUAAAAGUUUUAGGUGUGUCAGAAACAUUUCACAGUUACAGAAGCUUGAUUUAAAAUACAGUGCCUAAUAAAAGUUUAGGACAGCACUCUUAUUUCAUAUAAAAUUACCUAGUUUUUGAAUAUGUUUAGUAAUCAUUUCAUAACAUGAUAACGUGAUAACUUGUACAAGCUAUUGAAUGGUGACUUUACGUCUCGCUAGCUCACUCAACAAUAUUUAUAUUUAAAUAUACAAAUGGACAUUAUUUUUCCCUAUAUUUUUCAAAACGAAUUUACACAUCACAAUACUGUUAAAAAUUUGAUAUCACCUUGAUAUUACCCAAUCGGUUUAAUAGUUUCAAAAUAUUUCAUAAUUCAUGAUGUAAGUUAUUUAUAAUAAGCAUCUUAAAAUAAAUUGUAUCUUGAAAAAUAAAUGUUUCGCAAUGUUUUUUGAUUCAGUAUAUGUCUUACGGUUUGCACCGUUCACAAAAUAUUCGUGAAAUGAUAACUGAAACAAUUUAAAACUAGAUUUUUUUAUAUGAAAUGAGUUUGGGGUCUAAAACUUUUGUUUGGCACUGUAGUCAUCCAUCACCAACCGCGGGGAGGAAACGUUUUUACAAAAUCGUUACGUUUAUGAGACCGCAGUAGGGUACAAGUGCUUAUGGGAAACAUGGGGAUAUGUUACGUACAUUAGCAUUUUGGCUUACCAGUGCUAAUAUAGUUGAUGACGACAUUAAGGGCAGUUAGUCAAUCCGUCUCAUCCAGGACUGUGUAGACUGUGAGAUAGGUCAGUGGAGUCUAGUUUCUCUUUUCCCCCUAGUUUUGAUUUGUUGAACUUGUGUGCACAUGACUUCAUUGCUGUGACUCUGCCAGGAAAUUAGAAACCUUUUUUUGGUUUCAAUAUUACUGCAUUUAUACACACACACAAACAUUUUAUAGUAGCCGGAUGUUUAUUUUCAAGUACCGUAUUCAUUCGAAAAUAAUGUGAUUAUGUUUACCAAACGUAAUUAAAUUAAAGUGGCGGUUGCAUUAUAAAUUUAAAAAAAAUGUCUGUUGCAGUUGAAAGAAUGUGAAUUAAUAGUGAUAGAAGGAGCUUAAUUGGAAAACCUCACGCUCUGCCUAUAAAUUGUAUGCCACUUUAAACUGCUGUUGUUUAUUGCUUUCUGAACUUUUAGCACAGGCAUGACAGAUUAGACAGGAUUACACUUAAAAAACUUUUCAUAAUGAAAUUUUUGAAUAGUGGUCGAGGAAAUGGUCUGCAAAAUAUAAUCCGUUGAUAAUCAAAUCCUGCGGUUGGUGAAGGAUUAUUGAACAAAAAUUCAAACUUGGAGAGUUAAUGUAUGUCAAAACAGUAAUACCUUGACUUACGCUACCCUGUCUUAAGUGAAUCUAAAGUUUUGCAAUUUUAAAAUCUUGAUUCUUUUGUCUUUUUUUAAUGUCUCGCAACUUUUGAUUCUCUACUCCGUCCACACUAUUGUUCUACUUACGACAUGUACGUUUGAUGCGGAGGAAUUGUGUUAGAUUUUAUGAAGCCUUCUACAAAAUGAUGUCAGUUUAUGUUUUUGCAAUUCAUAAUAAUACAACUUGUUGUAUCAUCUAAGAUUUUCUUACACAUUUGCUUUCUCAAUUAUUGUUUUCUACAUUGUUUGUAUGUAUUUAUAUGCAAAAUUGUACCCUGACUUAACGCGAAUUCAGUUUACACUGUUAUUGCUCAUCCUACCUAUCGCAUAACUUCAGGGUAUUACUGUACUGAAAACUAACUCUAUGGCAUGGCUGUGCAGAAAUGUGUGUACCAAAGAUCCUCAAAUCUUAAAGUUUUGAAUGCUAUAUCAUUGUUAAAGUGUUAUUGUCAAUUGAGCUGAUCAUUUGAGUUUUAAAUUACACUAAUCCACACUAUAAAAAGAAGGUUGAAUUUUUUUACAUCAGUGUGGCUUCUUCUCUUUCACUUAAAAUCAUUCACUGCAGUAGUUCAUGCUUAUGUUUACGGCACAAGAUGCAAGAAUUAAGCAAUACAGACUAUGUUUAACCUAGUGUAUUAUUUACAAAGUUUAUACAUUUUUUAAUAGAAUGUUGCACUGUUUUUUUAGAAAUUAUUAAUCAGUGGGAAUGGUUUUUUUCCCCAAAGCCAAAAACUAAACUUGAAACAGAUAUUUGAAUAUUUGGCAUUUGCAGUUUUUAAUUACAGUACUUUCAAGACAAGGCAUUUGUAUGCAUCGGUGUGUGUGUUUUCCACAUAUGUGAUUGACGUGCCAUUUACUUUAACGUACAUGGACAGAAAAAUAUUUUUCAGUAAAACUAAUCAGAUUUUCCAGCUAUAAUUCAGACUUUUUUUUUUGUAAAGUUAGCUGAUCAAAAGCUUUAAUGAGUGGAAAAAUUAUUUAUGUCUGGGAAAAAUAUUUAUGAAUAUGUUAUGUAAUUUUUUUGUGGGCAUUAAAUACAAAUUUUUCACCUGUAGCAUGACAUUCCAGUGUUUAUGUAACUCUUAAAUUUGUUUUGUUUUUUGUGCACAAUAUCUAGCUAGUUACACAAAUCCAUAAACUUUAGUGCCAUGUGUUAUUAAUUUACGAGUAUUUACAGUUGAGUGUUAAUUGUGUGCGCAAUUUUCAGAGCUUUAUAAAAGUGCCUGAAUGUAUUCUGUUGACACUUCAUUUCCGUUUCUCUCUGGUGUCGCAAAUGUCGUGAAUAUGCUCAACUUCAUUAGUUUUCACCCUUCAUUGUGGCUGUUCAAGCUUAAGCCUUAUCUCAUGUAUGUGGCAACUGGCUGUAGUGACCUCAAAGAGUAAAAUAAGCAGACUAUUUGCUAAAAAUAUUCUGAAGUAAGAACCUUUAAUACCGUUGUUUUGGUUUUAAUGAUACGGGCCUGUGCAAAUAUUGAUUUUUUGAGUUGAAUUUUAAUGUAGGAGUCAAAUAGUAAGAGUGAGAGAGAAAACUUUAAAUGACAGUAAAAUUUUUUUUUUAUGAAGAUUGAAUGCCAUCUCUACAAUAACCUGUACUUGCUUUUAUGUUGUACCAAUUAAUAUUUCAUUUUAAUAGUUAAUGAAUAUUUGAAAAAGUAACUGUGGGGUGUUUUUCUUUGCAAUGUUUGCAAUAUUUUUUGCCACCAUCUACAAAUUGUGAAUGUGUUUAAAUUAAUCAAAUCUUGUAUAUAUCUUUUUUUUUUUUUUUCCCACAGGCUUUCUUGCACUUAUGAUUUUGUUUGUAUCUACUAUAUAGUAGCCAUUUCUAAGGACGAGAAAUCAAUCUACCUUGGUCCCAUUUUGAACCUACAUUUCAGCAGUUUUUAAAAAUAAAAAGCACAUGUGCUAGAAAUGGACUGAGAUAGUGACAUUGAAUGGGCGUUCUGUAGGUGUUGAGGAAUGGAAAAGGAUUGUGUUGCAGUCGACUCUUCCGUCACUUUAGUUGAAAAUUAAAGCUGUCAGUGAAGACCCCAAAAAAGAUGGCGGGAAAAUUCACAAAAAAAAAAAAAAAAGACAUUUAGUAUGUUUUUAAGGUUUUUCACAAAAUUUCAAUGUUCAGAUUAUUGACAAGAAGUUUGGUGCCAAAUGUAACUAUUUCCACGAGUUGAUUGACACCAUUUAUGAAAACAUCCCAUGGUAGAUCAUAGAUUUUUUACACAUGAAACAAAUCUCAAUAACAAAGCAUUUCAAUAUCUCGAGCAUAGUAUAUUUUCUACUACCACGCCAAUCAAUAUUAUUUAUAAAAAUCUAAAACCUGAUAUUUUUCUCUUUGUGGUGUGCGUAAAACAGAAAGUUACACAUCUUGUAUCUUCAUCUUUGGUUUAUUUAGUUUUAAAGCAGGAUGGCUUUGUAUACAAGAAAGCUACUAAAACUUAUUUAUGCCUGCUUUUAAGUAACUUUUUUAAAUUACUUGUCUUGACACUGAAAUGUAAUUUAUAUCAUGGAAUUAAGUAGCAUGUCACCAAAUCUUAUUAAAGUUAUAUCAAUAAUUAAUAUUUUAUUGUUUGAAAUUCAAAGAAUGUCGUUAUUUCUGGACAAAAAAUUAUACCAAAAUGCAUGGAUCAGAAUAAUUAAUUUAAUUUGUUUGUGUGCAUUUCUUUAAAAAAUCACUUUUAAACCACAAAUCCUCUCUAAUUUAUUUAUAUUGUUCUGAAUGUAGCUGUUUUAGAUCAGUUGAUUACAAAUUUUAUCAUAAAAAUGCAGCAUGUAAAUUUUACCGCUAUUCUAGUGGAGUAAGUAUUACAAAACAGCCUUAUGUAAAUAAAAACGAUACCACCGAAAUCCUCUGUUUUAAAAAUGAAAUUGAACCAAACAUAAAACCCAUAAUCUCUUGCCUCCAACCAUAGUAUAUGUAUAACAGAAUAUUUUCUCGUUAUUCGAGCUUUGAAUAUUUGCACAGACCUUAGAACCAUGCAUUGUGUACAAAUAGCUCUGUGUUCCUAGUACUGUUUUAGCCAGUGGCAAAUGUAUUUUUGUGUUAGUGUGUGCUCUCUGUUAUGCAUUUAAAACCUGUUUUUCACACUUUUUAUAAUUGAUUUUUUUUUCUUGUGUAGUUUUCACUAUUUCAUUCCUCUCAAGUGUACACCUAUGUGAUUAUAUGUACAGAGCAUUUUGAAGGUUACUAGUACAAUUAAUUAUGAAAUAAUGUUAAGUGGACCAGGAUAAUGCUUCUUAGUGCAUACACUUUUUUGCUUGCAGGCUGAUAUUUAUCUGAAGGAAAUGUAGUGAUAUUGUGUUCUGUUUCGGCACUUUAGACCACAUGCAAUACAAAAUAAUUGUUUA